AUGGUCUCGAAUUCAAGCGCGGAAAACACAUCAGUUCGACCUUGUCUGGGUCGGUCCUUUGGUUCAGUGGACAUUGUUUUAACAAAUAAAAUUAAGUUUUAUGAACAUCUAGGAGGCGGAAUGUUAACGUGUGCACCACAUUCAUACCGAAAUAUAAAUGGUUCCGAAUAUAUAUGGGGAUUCGAAGGAGUUCCGUUCAACUUGGUAGUCAAUAGCGCCAUAUUCGUCAUUUGUAUUGGCCUGUACCUUGUAUUACAAGAAAUAAUCGAUAGAGAAUUUGUCCCCAAAAGAGAUUUCCAGGACUAUGUGGAAAAAACGCGUAAAUCAAGAUUUUGGAAAUUAGUACCUUAUUUUUUAAAAAUCAGGUCUUCUGAGUUUGCAAAAAGAGCAGGUCUUGAUGGCGUCGCGUAUAUAUUGGCCAUGCGUUUUCGUGUUUUCCAGUUAUUUGCACUCACUCCAAUCUUCGUUAUUUGCACUCCAUUGUUUUUUUUCUCUCAAGAAUCAGAGAAUGAAUUUCGACGGAUCACAAUAGCUAAUCUUGGAAUAACAGAUGUUUCAAGAGGAUGGAUAUUAUACACCAUUAUUAUCAUAUGUAUAAUAUUAUAUUUUAUGGUGACUGGAUUAUGCUUAACCGAAGCAUACAUCUGGCCAAGAAAAUUGAAAAUAUGUAAUAGUUGGAAAACAUUACCUUUGAAUAAUAAUAACGAUAAUAGUGGCAGUAGUGAUAAACACCAAAAACCUAAUUCAUCGUUGACUAACGGCAGUAGAGAACAAACUAAUCAAGGGGAACAAAAAACCAUUAAUAUCUCCAAUAGUGAUGACGAUAAUGACAAUGAUUGUGAAUGUGAUCGUAUUAAUGAGAUACCAAAUGUACUCAUGCUAACAGGUGUCCCAACUAGCACUACAGUCAAAUCAUUUGUAAAAAGAAUAACAGAAUUCUUCAAAAUUAAUCAUCCAGAAUUGAAGGUAAAAUGGAUUGAACCAGUUUAUUUAGUUCGAAAUUUGACAGAACUUGAGCAAGCAAAAGCUGAAACAGAGAUUUAUCUACGCGCUUCAGUUGAACAAUUAGAAAUAACUGGCGAGCAACCAACCUAUCAUAAUUUCGGUACUAUUUGUCGAACACUUGCUAAGAGUAAAUCAGACGCCAAUGCAAUUGUAGUGUAUAAUGAACAAUUAGAUGUGCUUGCAACACAAAUCAACACUAUUUAUGCAAUCAGUGGCCUAUCGAACAUUGAACUUUUGAUGAAAGAAAAUCCAGGAAAGAAUCUUACUGAUUUACUCGAUAUACCGCAUACAGGAAUUGUUUUUAUCGGUCUAGAAAAUUCAGGACAAGUUCUAAGAUUUCUGUCUUCAUACACAACUUGUCCGCUUCAAAUAUUUCCAAUCAACAAUACUAUACAUAUACAAAACUAUUGUAAACAGCAUCGUCCUUGGCGUAGUUUAUACUAUAUCAAGAAACCAAAUCGAUCUAAUCUAUUCAAUCAUGCUUAUUUAGCUCCCCCAUCAUCAGAUUUGUUGUGGCUGAAUAUAACUUCCACAACAUAUCAUGGAUGUGAAUGGUGGUUACGUGUAGUUUGGAUUCGUGUAGCUGUUGUUUUGUUGGCAUUCGUCUUAACAUCACCUGUUUAUAUACUUACUAUUGUAAAUCUUACUGGAUUAUUCGACUGGUUGGGUAGAAUUUCGCGUCCAUUUGUUUUUAAAUGGGUCCCGGCAGCAAUUUUAGCAGGUGUCUCAUUACUUCUAACACGUCUAGUAAUCAUUAGUGAAUAUUGGACGAGACAUAAGACGCGUGGAGGUUUAGAAAGUGUUAUCUACCGAAAUGCUUAUUGCUUCUUACUUAUUACAGUGUUAUUAUUACCUUCUCUUGGAAUAACAGGUUUUCCAGCUCUGUUACAUCAACUUAUAACAACUAAAGUGAAUCAUUCAAAUCCAUUUGCUUUUUAUGUACCAUUUCGAACAGAAUGUAUAUUUUUACCAGACAGUGGUGCAUUGUUCAUCAAUUAUGUAGUAACAUGUGCACUACUUGGAACAGGUCUACGAAUUCUACGUUUGGGUCAUAUUUUUCAAAGUUUGGUUAGAAGACACUUUUACGCUCAUACUGUGGCAGAAAGAAAAGUUUUCUCUGAACCUCAACCGGAAACAUUCGCAUUUGGAGAAAACUAUGCAUUUCUGUCAGUUGUUCAUACAAUUAUUAUUGCUUACACACCAGUUUGUCCAAUCAUCUACGUCUUUGGUCUGUUGUAUUUUCUAUUUAAAUUUCUUAUCGAUAAGUUUAUGCUUGUAUGGAUUCAUGAGCCGUUGCAAUCAGAUAUACGUGGUUGGACCGAAACCGACAAAAAGAAUUAUCAAUAUAUUUAUCAUUUGAAAUGGUUUCUUCAAUCAACCCGAUUUAGUUUAUCUGGAGUUUGUAUGGCAUCUAUCAAUGUGUUUGCUUUUUAUUCACUACGAUGGUCUUCUGUAGAACUACGCCCACUGAUUAUUGCCUAUUUUGUUUUGACUGUGGUUACGAUAGUAAUAUCUGUGAUAUUUUCUGCCCUUGUCAAAUAUCAUUCAUCUUCUCUUAUAUGCCCUGUUUCUGUAUGCAGAAAAUAUUCCGGUCAUUAUCGUAAAUUAAUUGACUAUAAUCAAAACAGAAUGAUCUCCAGCGCAGUUAUAUGCACUUGCCCUAAAUUAUACCUUGAUACCUCUAGAACUGAAAAUGAUUACACAGUUCCUGUUUUACGUAAGUUCAAAUUGUGA